UCGGUAAGGCAGAAGAGCCGGACGCGGCUCCAUAUUAAGGAAGCCAUCAGAAAAUGGGAAUGGGGAAAAGCCUAAUUGCCAAGUAAAAGGAUAAACCAACAGGACUGGAAUCUAGGGAACCUAAAUGCCUCGCAUUGUGUUUGUUCUGGGGAACCCUUUGGUCAUGCAAAAGUAGGCAAGUAUGGCAACGGAGGAUGAGACAUGUAAUCAUGAAAGCGAAGGAGGACCAGGCUUAGGAGGCAGUGCUGAGCAAAGCAAGGAAGGGCAGAAAGACAGGGAAUCAACAAAUCCGGAUGGCACCAAAGGGAACCGGAAGGAAAUGUCCUCGGGAGAGAGCUCGGGAAAAGCCGGGGGAAGCAGACAGGGGACCCAGGAAAACAAGAAGCGCAGGAAUAAGGAUAGGGCAAGCCCCGGGAACUCGGAGGGAGCUGUGUCUAAGAAAGUAAGGGUCACGGACGCAAGGCACAAACUAGCAGAGAUAGAGAAAAGGACCGCGGAAUACAAGGCAAGGUUAAUGAAGGAAAUGAUGACUGGGAACGAGGAAGGCCCUCUGCAGGAGCCUGGAGACGCCAAGAAAAAGUUGACUUUCGAUGGAGCAAAUAUCACGGAGUUCCUGAUCGACUACGAGAACCUAGCUGCGUUACUAAAGUGGACCGAGGAAGAAACGAUGGAUCACCUAGGACAGCAUGUGUCGUUAAGCCGAGGACGGGACAUAAUGACCAUUGUUGCCGCAAGUCGGUCUUGGAAGGAGACCCGGGAUGUGAUGAUGAGGAAGUACCUAGCGGCAGAGAAAAUGGCAACGGAGGCCGACCUAGCGGCAAUCCAGAGGAAGAACUUCGCAACGUACAAUGAUUUCCUACGGGAGUUUACUCUAGUAGCACUAAGGAUCCCUGUGGUCACGGACCAGAUAAUGAGCAAAUAUUUCCUCAGGCAGUUCUCCGAGUUCGACAAAGACAAGAUCCUGUCAGCUUACCAACAGACGAGCAAGUUCGUAAACACGCGGGAUGUUGAUUUUAGCGCGGUAACAAAUCUGGCUGAGAAAACGGUAGUAACAGAAACGUUGGCCUUGCUCAAGGAAGGGGAUGUCAUAGACUUGACCAGUAGGACGGGCGACAAGGAGAAAAAGGGGAUUGAAAGCCUACACGAACGGGUGCACGGAGUCGACAACAAGAUUGAAAGGAUGGAGAGAGCGCUACUAGUUAUGCAGGCGCAAGUAUCCCGUCCCCCCCUGCCGCCCCAGGAAGCAGUAGUUCCGCCAGGGGUAGCCAAUCGUGGAUAUGGACGGAGAUAUCCCGCCAACGAACAAUGCAAAUACUGUACCGCGGUAGGGCAUUUUGUGCGGGCAUGUCCAACGCUCAACCAUGACAUACUGAAAAGGAGGUGUACCAGGUCAUUAAAGGGGGAGAUAUUUGGACCACAGGGGGAACGGGUGAACAGGAACUCGCCAGGAGGGAUGCGGCGAGCCAUUAUCAUGCUCAACGGGUUAGAAAUAACGGUCGUAGAAGCCGAACUGGUGGGCGAGAUCAUCUGGGAUCAACUCCGGGGGCGCGGGCCGCAGAUCAACUUCAUUCUGGAAAACGACGGACGAGAUAGGGUAAACACGACUACUCGGCUAGGGACGGCUGGGAGAAGGAUUAACCGCGACACCGUGAUGAAGGAGGUUGCUGGAAGUUCGGAACCCCAGGCAGAGCCUGAGGCCGAGGAACCGGAAAAGGUCUAUGGGAAGCCUAGGGAAGAGGAGCCUACAGACAAAAUGCAAGUGACCCCUAUGGGAUUCACAAACGCGGUGACCGAAGCGCAAAGCAGAAUGCACGCCGUGGCCGGGGAGAUGUUUCCAGAAAAGUGUAAGCCCUAUAUCGACGACAAUCCGAUCAAAGGUGCGCAGGAGAAGGACGAGACAGAAGUCCAACCAGGAAUCCGAAAGUUUGUAUGGGACCAUAUCCAGGACAUCGAGGACUUGAUCCGUCGGUUCCUAGUACACAACAUCACGGCUAGUGGACCAAAGAGUAUUCUAGCAGUACCAGAAGUAACCAUAUUAGGAUUUCGGUGCGGUGCUUACGGUAGGAAGCCGGAUCCGGCGAAAACGGAUAAGAUAUCGCAGUGGCGAACCCCCCAGCGCACUACAACGGAAGUGAGAGCAUUCCUAGGCGUGUUCGAUUACAAAAUCGAACGAAUUGCGGGAAUUAGGAACAAGGCCGAUUGGCUGAGCCAGGUCUGUAUCACUCCUAAAGAGGUGGAGGGUGAGGAGCCCAUAGACGCAUUCCUUGAAUACGAAGGAGGGAAUCUCGCGGUGGAUAACGAAAUGAUGGGCGAAGAAUGCGCGUCGGGAGAACUGUUGAUCCGGACUUUGGAGAAGGGGGCACCUGCAGUAGUAGCAGAACUUAUAGAAGGACCAGUCACCACUCGAGGUCGCAAAGAGGAGAAAGAUUCGUGGGGAUCGAUGGUAGGACCGAAGGAGGAACUAAUAGCAAUGGCGGUGGAGGGAGGCCGGGAAGCCGUGAUGAGCUUAGUGGAAUCUUGGGAAAGGAAAGAGUUGCAAUGGGUGGUAAACCAGAUGCAGGAAGGAAAGGAUGGGGGCCAGGAAGGGGAGGAGUUUUUCUAUGUCCAAUCAUACGAAGGGCUCUUUCGGGAGAUCGGACUGUUGCUGGUAGGCAACAAACAACCUACAGAAGUCAGUAUUAAAGUAAGAAAAGAAGCCGAAAGAUAUGUCCUAAGAGGCGGGCAUUUGUUCCGAAGGGAGGAAGGUGCUAUGCCCAGAAGGACUGUGUGCGGAAAAUCUAGGCAAGUAGACGUUAUCAAGGCAAUGCACGACGGGUUAGCUGGAGGUCAUCGGUCGUCCAAAGGAACGCUUGCAAAGAUAACGUCACUCUAUUAUUGGCCAGGCAUGGCAGGCAUGGUCGCCAUAUACUGCCAGACUUGCCUUAUUUGCCAAGAACGAAGCUCGGUGCAAGUCUUCAAGCCGCUUAGACCAACGCGGGUGCUAGGGUCGGGACAUCUAAUCCACCUCGACCUUGCGGUCAUACCUGUAUCAACGGAUGGGUACAUGUAUAUACUGGAUGCGCGAGACAACUUGAGUGGGUUCGUGGAGGCGGUCGCCCUCAAGAAAAAGACAGGGAGGAGUGUGGCGGACUGGAUAGAAGACUUCUACUUGAGGCAUCCUUUCGUCAGGAGGUUUAUAGUAGACAAUGAGACGGAGUUUAUGAACCAAGAAGUAUUGGGGAUGCUUAAGAGACUCCGCGUACCGAUCAAACUCAUCGAGCCGUAUCACCCUGAGGCCAAUGCACCUGUGGAAAGGGGGUACCGAACCUUGAAGAACACGAUUGCGAAGCUCGCAGCGGACCAUCUGGGGAGCUGGCCUAAGUAUCUUAAGCAGACUGUUGUUGCGGAGAAUAUGACCCCUAAAAGGACAACAGGAUGUAUCCCGGUGGAACUUUGGUACGGAAGAGAGAUCGACUUUCCUGUGGAAGUCUUGGUACCUACUUGGAAUAGGUUAGAUGAUGAUCCGCAAAUGACUACUUAGGAGUUAAUCGAGGCAAGAUGUCAACAGAUCCUUAAGAACGAGGAGGUCAUGGAAGACAUCGCCAACCGCGUA